ACCGACUGGCUGCAUUAUUGUAUUACUUUAUUUCAGGUUUCCCUCUCUUUCAAGGGCAAGUGAGCUGUCAUCAGAAACCAUUUUCUUCUCUGGUAUGGAUUCAACCUGCAGCUCUUGCUAUUUAGUGAGCUGAGAGGAUUGUCAGGAGAAGACGCUGGUGGAGUUUACACAGUGCCUGGAGGGAAAGCAGACAGACCGGCAAACAAACAUUGGGUAUUGGAUGGAGGAAGCAGCUGAGGACAGAGACAGGAUGACCAGCCAGCAGGCUCUCUGUGAACCUGACCAGAAGACUGGAAAACACCCUAGCAUCUCCACACUCAAACUGUUUAUUGUGGCGCUGUCCUUCGCCUGUUUCUCCAAAGCUCUGACAGGAACCUACAUGAAGAGUUCCAUCACUCAGAUUGAGAGACGUUUUGACCUGUCCAGUACACACGUUGGACUGAUAGAUGGCAGUUUUGAGAUGGGCAACUUAUUGUUUCUUGCUGUGGUCAGCCAUUUUGGUGCCAAGCUGCAUCGGCCCAGGCUCAUUGCUUUGGGGUGUUUUCUCAUGGCUGUGGGGGCCUGUCUCACUGGCCUGACACACUUUGUCAUGGGACGCUAUAAGUACAACACAGUCAUUCAAGCAUUCCAGAAUGACAGUGUGAAGAUCACCGCCUGUGUGGAUCCUUUGAAAAUAGAAGAUGUGCCAGAAAUUCAGAUAGAGCCCACUGCGGAAGACAACAGAGCCUGUGUGAAAGAGUCUGGUUCCAGCAUGUGGAUCUAUGUGUUCCUUGGGAACGCUCUGCGGGGGAUUGGAGAAACCCCAGUCACACCGCUGGGCAUCUCCUACAUCGAUGACUUUGCUAAAGCAGAGAACUCACCCUUCUACAUUGCUUGUCUCCAGACCAUUACUCUCCUGGGCCCCAUGUUUGGGUUCCUCCUGGGCUCCUAUUGUGCCAAACUAUAUGUUGACAUUGGAUAUGUUGACAUGGAAAGUGUGACGAUCACUCCUAAAGACGCCCGCUGGGUAGGCGCCUGGUGGAUGGGCUUCCUGGUGUCGUCUGCCCUCCUGCUCAUCUCCAGCAUUCCCUUCUGGUUCCUGCCCCGCUCUCUGCCGAAACAUGAGGGAAACGAGGCCAGGCAUGAGAACCUCGGUGCGACAGAGGAAACUCUUAACAACAGUCGCAACCUCAAGCUGACUGACAUUGCCAAAGGGUUUUUCCCCUCGCUGAAGCGUCUGUUGGGAACCCCUGCCUACUUCCUGCUCCUUUGUGGCAACAUCCUGAAGUUCAGCUCUUUAAUCGGUCUGAUCACCUUCAAAGCCAAAUACAUGGAACAACAGUUUGGACAGUCUGCAUCCAGAGCCAACUUCCUCAUAGGUAUGCUGAACCUGCCAGCGGUGGCACUGGGGAUCUUCCUUGGUGGGCUGCUUAUGAAGAGGUAUAAACUGAGUUUGGUGUCAGGAGCUCAGCUGUCCUUUGCAACAUCCUUCAUGGCAUACCUCCUCCUGCUCCUGCAGUUUGGCACCAAGUGUGAUAACAUUCCUGUGGCUGGGCUCACCAUCUCAUACAAUGGGACACAGAGAGUGUCAUACAACAGGGAUAUGCUCUUCUCAGAGUGUAACACGGACUGCUCGUGUUCAGCAGAGGAAUGGGACCCCGUGUGCUCAGACAACGGCAUCACCUAUAUCUCUCCAUGUAUGGCUGGCUGCCUCAGUUCCAGUGGAUACGGCAAGAACACAGUCUUUCACAACUGCAGCUGUGUGUCCGCCUCCUUUCCAGCAGGCAGCAGUACGUCUGUGUGGCUGGGCCAGUGUCCUCACGCCAAGGACUGCAGCCGAAGUUUCACCUCUUACAUGGCUGUGUCUGUCCUCAGCUCCUUUAUCAACGCUCUGGGGGCCACACCUGGCUAUAUGGUCAUCAUACGUUGCAUCACGCCAGAGCUCAAAUCCCUUGCACUGGGUAUGGAGGCCUUGGUAACUAGGACUCUUGGUGGAAUUCCAGCACCAGUGUAUUUCGGAGCACUGAUUGAUUCAACGUGCCUUAAGUGGUCGAUCAAGAACUGCGGGGGGAGGGGAGCAUGUCGCAUUUAUGACUCUGCCAUGUACAGGAUCAUCUUCCUGGGUCUGAUCACUUGUCUUGGUGGUUCGUCAUAUGUUUUCAUCAUCGCUGUCAUCAUCCUCCUCAGACGUCAGUUUCGGAAACCACAGCAAGAAACAGAGACACAACAUACAAACGCUUCUAAGGAAAUUGAACUUCAUGUCCCAUCAAAUCCCCCUGAGGACCAGCCUUGUUCUCCUAAAACUCCCAAACUCUUGCCUCAUGUUCCAGAAGUUUCUGCAAUAGACCUGGAGAAGGGAAGGCAGGUUCACAGAACAGAGCAGCUCCCCGACGACGACAGAGUCAUCUCCACAAACAACACACAGGACAGGCAAAAGCUCCAAUCCCUGACAGAAACCACUGUUGAGUUUACUCCUUUUGCAAGCAGAGCAGCACAGAUGGGAAUGGAUGUGCAGAACUCGGAGGAGAAGGUGGAAGAAAGAAAAGACGAGUCUUGCAAGAAGCUGAAUGCGCAGGUGGAAAAAGAGAAGCUGGACAAUCAGACAAAUGAGAAGAACGAAUUAGAGAAAGAAAUGACACAAAACUGAUGGCCCCACGAAGCUAAGAUGUUCACAGUGUGGUCUCAAGCACUUGCUC